AUGAAUGAUUUUAGUUAUAGCAUCAGUCAUGCUGGAGAUACGAUGAAUCCACCGUCGCGUCGUAGUGCACGCGAAAAUGCAAUUAACAAAGAAUCAGUCGUAAAAAAUAAAUCGGAACCAAAACCAGGGAUCAUAUCCUAUGAUUAUGAGGCGGCUAUUAGUCAGCCCGAUAUUUCCUCGAAAAUUGAUAAUAAUACACAAAACCCGAGUUCGUCGGACUUUAGCGAUGGAUUAUCGGAAUCGAUCAAGAAAAAAAAAUCUUAUAGUCGUGGAAAAGCGAAUGAGGAAACUUUGAAAAUAACUGACUAUCAAAAUGUAAAAGUCAAAAACAUUUUGCAAACUGUACAUGAAAAUUCAACGAAUCUUUGGUACCCCGAGAAAAGUUCAGAAGUGGAUGCCGACGAAGAACUCGAAGAAGAUUCACCGACAAUCGAAUCGCCGAUAAUUACUGGUGAUAAUCCACGGUCUGUCACAUUAUUAAAAAAUUUAGCAUUUAAAUGCGAUUGUCAUACUAGUCGAUGUACCGAAACUGAAUCAUGGAGUUCUCCCGAAACGAAAAGCACGAAAAGAUGGAAAAACAGGAAAUCAAUAAAACAUCGUAAACUCAUCGAUAUGGAUACUGAAGAUUUGGAUUUAAUGUCAGAUUAUAAUGUCAUUAAUUAUAAAAAUGUUCACUCAAACAGAAAGAAUAAUCGAACGUCAAAUUUCGCUAAUCAUGUUGUAAAAUCAUCUUUAAUUAAACCUGCAAAAAUUCAAACUUAUCAGACAACUAAUUUUUCCUUUUUUAAUGUCUUUUUUGAUAUUGUUUUCUGGCCUUUUAUUUUUUUCCGUGCAAAACAAUGA